AUGACCAACCCCCAAGAUAAUCCUGGCACACCUCCACCACCUACCCCCUCCGAUUCCUCCACUACUCCUCAACCCAGCACAACCCCUCAACCUAAGAGAAGGCAAGUAGAGAUGCUUGCUCGCAAAACUGUGGCUACAAGUGCGCUUUCAAGGAAACUAAAUGCACAAUUAAAGGCUAGUCAAGCCCAAGAUUCCGAAAAUUCUGAUUAUUCUUUCAAAUCUGCGAGUGAGGGGGAAGGAACUAGGUCUUCUGAUUCUGAGCAGGCAACAUCUGUGCAAAAUCCCCCUAUUGAGCAAAAAGCAGGGGGAAGUGGUUCAGGGGAAGCUGCUGAAGGGCUAGUCAAUCUCAGUACAGAUACGGAUGAACCAGGUUCAUCUAUUGAGGAGACCCUAGCAGAUCUUCUGAAGAAGCUUGGUGCAAGCUAUAUCCCCAAGAAAAGGAGAACUCUAACACCAGAAGCUUCUAGUACUGCAAGAACCACCAAGAAAAGGAAGGCUGCUUCUCCAACAACUACUGAUAUUCCUCUACCAAAAGGAAGGGCCACAAGAAGUAAGUUGAAGCAGAGUGAGGAUGGGUUGCAAAAAGGUGAACAUGUGGCUGUGGAGGUUCAGACCCCUAAGCCCAAGAAGACCAAGACUUCCUCAAAGAAGUCCUCAUCUGUAUCCAAGUCUGCUGAACCUUCUUCUUUGGCUAAAAGGACAAGGUCUGCUGCGAAAGCCAAGCAAGUUAAGAUUACUGAGGAGGAAGAUUGGAGUGGUGAAGAAGAGGGUGAAUCUGAUAAUGAACAAGAUAAGCUGGCCAAGUUUGGCAAACGAACCAUCUUGAAGGGUAGACUUUUGAAGGACUUGGAGGAACUAGGGAUGGUUCUACUGGUUGAUGCGCUAGAUGUUCAGGGGUGGAAGGACAUGGUCCUUCAGUUGGAUGGUAGGCCGGCUAGAAAUGAGAUUAUUUAG